CAUGCCACAGCAAUCAAUUUUCCUGGGCGACGGUCAGUCGACGGAGUGAAUUCCACCCCACCGUACUCCGUACACGCGACAAGAUUACGGAGCACUCCGCUCACGUUUUAACCACAUUUCCACAGAUAAGGACGCGAAGGCCGGGCAAAGGACGAAUAAAUAAGAUCAGUCUCAAGCGAGAGAUACUGUGCAUCAGCAGACCACGUCUCCAAGGUGGUGGUCUAAUACUACACGUGCAUCUACAGACACCCUAGCCUACGCAUGCAGGACAAAGACACCAGCAGUUCGGUUACAAAUUGAAGCGAAUGGGGCGGAUCUCCAUAAUCCAGACGGAAACGAAUGCAGCAAGGAACUUAUUGGAGUCCGCAGCCGCUGAUCUGUCGCCUCGUCUCGGCUUACAUUCAGAUUCCCACAGCCCGAGCUGAUGCCUGGACAAUUCUACCGAGCUGUUUUCCUUUGGGGGUUCCGUAUUCUACGGCUAGAUCUUCAAUUUCACAGUUUCCACCACCAAAAGGACAUCAUGAUGGCGUCCACCUCCGUCCUCAAAGCCGCAUCACACCCCGCAUUUGCGGGGUUACCCUCCUGGAGGCCGGUCACGCCAUCGGCAUAAGUUCUUAUACUCCGGGCGUGGCUUUCACCAAGGUUUGUGUGCUUCAUCAUCCACGGGCCACUGGCGCACGUACCAAUUUCCGCAACAGUCUCCUCAUCACUUACCGCCGGCCUUAUGGCCCCAGCUCCGGCCAAACCGCAAUCACAUCAUCGCACUCCAGUAUUGCUUCAUCAGCUAGCAGCGGGUAUCCAGGUCAAGUCGUCGUUUCACUCGCAACUAACCCGGCGAUUAACGCAGCAUCAUCACCGCAUCUGUCUUUUUUUCUUCUUUUUUCCAGGCUUACCAUCCGAGGUCCCAGCAAGGGCGCGAGGAUCGAAUCUGCCCGACGAUCCGUCCCUCUUCUCCCGCCUACCCGCACCGCCGCUUUCCAUCCCUCGUGUGCUUGGUCAGCUUCCAUGUUGUGUGUCAGGCUAGCAAGCCCAUUCUCUUGCAGAGUCGUGACACGACCCUCGCUGCACAUGAACGGUCAUCUGACGACACAUCACACACAACCCGUUAAGUGCAUCGCAAGGGUUUGCUCCAGCACAGCAACACCACGUCUGAACCUGCACCCUAACCCCAGGCCCAGCAUUAAAUCACAUCUCAUUAUGACGAGCUGAGACAUGCCCAGGCCCCCCUCAACACAACAUCACG